UUGUACGUGCUCCCCCGAGUGUGUUGGUUUCACUGUUUUUGUUGCAAUGAUAGGGAACAUAGUCUUUGCUGUAAGAAAAAAAUCACAUGGUAUUAAUUAAACGCACGCGCCUAUCGUUGGAGCAAGAGUGAAUGAAAGCGUCUUAUAAUUCCAACAGAGUUAUAAGUAGGUAUUUAAAUUUUAAAUUGUUUUUGAAUAUGUAAUAAUUUGAUAUGUUGCUCCGUUUAUUCAUGCUAGAUGUUAUACUCUAGACCUUGGACUCUAGAGGCGCAGUAUGGAGCUUCCUCUAAAGGACCUUUUAUUAAAAAAAUAUGGAUUAACCAAAAAAUAUAAUAUAUUUACAAUAUUUGAAUACUGGGAUGCUUCAUGGUAUAGUAAAAUAGGUAAUUAAGAAAUAUGUAUAUUAUUGUGCUAAUAUACCCAUGUUCUUAUGACACGUUAAAAUAUUGCAAUGUUACAAAUGUUAUGAAACUUAUUGUUAAAUUUAUACAGCCAAAACAUAAAGUAGCCGUCAGUUUCUUAAUCCAUAAUAUUUCUUUAUUGAAUCUCUUGAAUGUGGCUUGAAAUUUUAUGGCAUACUAAAAUUGAACGAUACAUGUAUUAACUAUUGACGUCUUGUGACGUAUUUCGAAAGUCCGCCCGGUGAAAUGUGCGCAAACUUUAUUCCAGCUAUGGCCACUGUACCUAUACUGCUAAAGAAUUCCCAUAUAUUAUUGGUGUUAACGUCUUUUAUCAUUUUUUAUUUUACAUGGGUAGGUAUUUGUACUGUGUAGAGUUAAUUGACAGAAUUAACAAAGUUACUGAAUUUUCUUUAUCUUAAAAAAUAGACCUAUACUAGUAAAUACAAAGUAAAUAUAUCUAUAUUCCCCAAAAUUCUGUUAUGGCUUAAAAGGUCGUCCUUUGUUUCGAUGUAACUAUAUGUCCUGUCACAUCGUCAUUUAGAAAAUUUGUGAAUACGUGAGAAUCGCUGAUUAAUGAUUGUCAUACAUGAUAUUUGAUUAAUAACAAAUGUCAGCCCAAGUCAUAUUUACGAAUAGUCGAAAUCGACAAUUCAAACGAAGAGACGUAUUGUUUCCUAUCUAGGGCGUAGACACAUAUUACUCACAGUUCACCGCAUCGCCAUGAGCACGUAAUAUGUAGACGAGAAAUUCGGGCUCAAUCAGGAAAAACAUUUUUGGACAACGCGCGUAGAACUUGAUCCCACAUAGAUACAGUUACUUUUAUUAAUUAAAUUAAAUGGAUCUUCUCGAAUAGCCCUUACAUGCUGGUAUCAUAAUUUAAACACGUUUUUUCUCACAACUGAAGUUUUAUCGGCUCGACUAUACUUAAUACAUAUUUUUAAUAUUUGUGUCAGAUUCUGCUUUAGCUUUGACCGAUACGAUUGCGAAGAGCGAAAUAUUACCAUACCUACUUGAAAGCAUUUUACAAUCGUAGGUAUUAAAAGUGUCAUUUGAUAUAAAAACUACUAAUCAUAAUUCCUAAUUAAAGGACAAGUGUCAAGUAAGUAUAAAAAUAAAAGAAGAUCCCAUAUCGAUGAUCCCAGGCAUGUGUAUCAUCACCCUUUACGCAUUAUUCUUAAUACCCGGUUUGAUUUAUGGGGAGUGUCCGGCAUCUAUGCAAGCGACUCUACCUUUUAUGUUGGAAUAUGCGAUAUGGCGCGGAUGGCAUCAGGCGAUAGUUUACACACCACAUCUCGAACAAGAUUGUAAGGGAAGUGUAACCAGGCUCGUAAAAUGUUUAAAUUUAAACGGCAUUGCAGUCAGUGAAAAUUCACUGAGCAGCCCUCGUAUAGUAACAAAACUCGGUAUCAUAAUAAUAUGUCCAGAUUUACGUCGCAGCACUUCAGAAAAAUUUGUAAAGCUAAUUGAUAAGCUACAAGAUUUACAAAUGAAUACGGCAUCUUACGAUUGGCUUCUCACUGCGAGGUUUGAUGAAGACUUCAAAUAUAUUAAUAGUAUAUUAAAUGCUACGUCGAUUCGUUUUGACCAAAAUAUCGCUGUUACAUAUCCGAGCCGCAACGUCAAAUCAUUUUCACUUGGUCGUGAAUUAUGCGACGGGAAUUUUUUGUAUAAAAGAAAUUAUGUUCCAAGUGGUGAUCCAUUUUCCAUUCAAAACCGUUCACGCUACUGCAGUUAUUGUGGGAAUGGUGUCAAAACAUUCUAUGAUAGAUUUUACUACCGCACUUCAGAAAGAUUCAAACAUCUUUCGAAUAACCGAACAUACAAGCAUUUUGGUAUCGUUAUGCCUUUAUACAAUUCGGGCCUCUAUUACAAUUAUUCCAGGGACUUUAAUAUGACUGAUAUAAUGAAAUUCUCAGUAAAUCGGUUUAAACCUUUGAAAAAAUUUGUGAAUGAGAACUACGAACAACAAGGAGGAAUAUACAUUUUACAGUACUUUAAAGUGCGGAGCAAUUCUACGUUAUACGUUAGUUUAUUAGGUAUCUGGAGUCAAGAGGAAUCAAUGUCAAAAGUGGAGAUACCUUACCCGGUAGAAGCACGCAGUUUCUUGGGCGAGGAGCUAAUUGUCGGCAGAUGUAACUCCAGUUUUGAUGGAACAACAUCUGUGGACGAAGAUGUACCGACGUCUCCGGCAUUGCUAGACGAUGUUCUUUAUUUCUUAACUAUGCGACUUAAUACUACCAGCCCGUCGUUACGCUAUUAUAACAAGCUCGGUUUCCGCACCUACGAAGGAUCUUGGACUGGAUUACUCGGAGCUCUCAUAGGUAAUUCAGUAGAUGUCGCGUUGGAACCAGUCACUGCACAUUCACCUCGUCAUCAAGAUAUGGAUUUCAUUUUUCCAGUCGCUGAGACAAUGUGCAACAUAUAUAUUCGUCAUCAAGAGACAUCGACGGUCCGAGACAUAUUUCUAGCGCCGUUUAGUACCAAACUUGUGGGAUGCGUGGUUGGGAUAGCUGUAAUAGCGUCACUGACAGCUGUUGUUAUUAGCAAAGUUUCUUCGAAAGUUCGUAAGAAUGUACAUUCUUUGGGUUAUGUAGAAUCAUUAAUUUGGUCGACUGGCAUACUCUGUCAGCAAGGUUCCGUGUGGUCACCGUUAAACCCUGCAGCAAGCAUACUGUUAAUAGUCUGCUUGUUCUUCGCCAUGGUCACGUAUAACGCAUAUGCAGCCUUUAUUACUUCUGUACUGUCCGUCCGUGUAGCCAGUGUGGACACUGUAGCAGCUGUUUUACAUUCGCCCAAUUUAAAGAUUGGCUACAUAAGAAAUGGCGCAGAUCAAAUGUAUCUAAUGUCAACCAAAGAUACAUUGCUAAAUGCGUUUUAUAUAAGAGGUUAUUCUAAUGCUGAGAAUCUAGUAUCCUCGGCUGAUGAAGGAUUAGCCCGUGCGGCCACUCAAGAUUAUGCUUUCUUUGCUGGACAGCGUGCAGCGAGGUCCACUCUCAGAUCUUUAAGCCAGGCCAGAGGUCGGUGUGCCGUGCGCGAGUUACCUGUACACACUACGCGGGCUCAUCUCGCUUUUCCAUUGGCUAAAAAUUCACCUUAUGCUAAGCCACUACUAGUUAGCCUGCUCCAUUUGCGUACUGGAGGUUCUUUGGCACGUUUAGAAGCAGCGCUUGUACCGGAUAUGCCUUAUUGCGCCACUAAAGCUGGCUUCGCAUCAGCCAGAGCUACUGACGUACGUUCAGCUUUCAUUCUGCUUGGAACUGGUUUUGUUACUGCGCUGCUUUUAGGCUUCGGAGAAUAUUGUUGGAAAAAUAAACAUCAACAAAAGGAAUUUAUAAAAAAAUAUUACGAACAGUUUCUACAAGUGAUAGAAGCGUAAAUAAAACUUGUUGUUUGAAGAAGUUACUGAACAGUUUCUAUGAACUUAGUUAGCUUUUAGUCACAGUAAUAUAUAUGGUUUUCUUUUCUAAUCGUUUUUAACAGUUUUAACCUUACUAUUUAUUUAGUAUUAGUAUUAUGAGAUUAGUAAAAAUAGAACUCUUCUUUUCAUAAAUAUAU